AUGGCAUGGGGGCAGGCUCCGUGCAGCUCAGACACAGGGCCUGCUCCCGAUGGCAGAGGGAGACCUGCAGCUAAGGGCCCCCGGCCUCUCCUUCCCGUCCAGUUUGAAGCCUUCUGUGCAGGGGGCCUGGCCCCUGGCUGGAGCCUGCUGGUCCAGGGACAGCUGGACUCCGGGGAGGACAGGUUUGAGAUCAACUUUCUGACGGAAGGCGGCGACAUCGCCUUCCACGUCAAGCCACACUUCUCCAGUGCCACCGUGGUGGCCAACGCUUUCCAGGGUGGCCACUGGGGCCGGGAGGAGGUGUCCAGCGUCACCCCCCUGGCCCUGGGGGAGCCCUUUGAGGUGGAGGUGAGCUCGGACCAGGAGCACUUCCACGUCUUCGUGCGGGAGCACAAGGUGCUACAAUUCCCACACCGCCAGAGGCCGCUGGCCGCCGUCACCAGGGUGCGCGUGCUGAGUGACCGCCGCCUGGCCCAGGUGGAGCUGGCCACAAGGAGCCUGAGCUGGGGGGACGGUGGGGGCUACUGAGCGGCUGGCCACCCAGGAGAGCGCCCAGCCAGCCCGCAUGGGG